GAUUUUUCUUGUGUUUGCAAACUGCACAUUUGGCGGAGCAGCUGCGCCGUUCCAAACGCUGAUGCAUACGAAAAAGUAAACGUUUAAACCAGCAAAAAUAGCUAUCUAGCGACAAGGAGCCGCUCAAUAUGUACAACGGCAUUGGCCUGACGACGCCGCGUGGCUCCGGCACAAAUGGACAUGUGCAGCGCAAUUGGGCAUUUGUGCGACCGGGCAAAAAGGACAAGGACUAUCGUGCCGAAGAUGAUACCAAAAAGCUGGACGCACAGCUAAAUCGGCCGCCAAACAAGGAGAUACUUGAUCACGAUCGCAAGCGCAAGAUCGAGGUGAAGUGCAUUGAAUUCGAAGAAAUACUCGAGAAGCAAGGACGCACGCCGGAGGAGAUCAAGUCGCACGUGGACUCGUAUCGCCAGAAAUUAAUGGGCCAAGGCAAAACCGAUUUGGCCAAGGAUGAAUUUGGACGCGUAGCGAACACAACGACUGCAACGGCGACGGCUGUGGCAACAGCUACCUCCAUGGCCUCGACGGCCUGCGCGGCCAGCAGCAGCACGAUGAAUGCGUUCAGCACGUUGCAUGUGGUGAGGACGAAGAAGCGACGCAAGCGCCGCAAACGCGCAGGACACGCAACCGGCUGUGGGCAGAGCAACGGGGGCGGCAACGGGGUCAGCAGCAGCAGCAACCCCGCCAAGGCCAUUGUGGGUUGCGGCAGGAAAUGCAAGGCGCAAUAUUUCCAGCACGACAAUCGCGAGUAUAUAGCCAAAUACGAGAGUUUCCACAUCACGGCGCAGGCCACAACGGCGGCGGCGCUCAACUAUGCCGCCGUGGCCAAGAAGUUCAAGCCGGUUUUGGCAAGCGGCGCCAAGAAGAACAGGCGCACAGCAAUGUCGCGAAAGACGCUCAACGACUGCGCCUGCGUCUGCCAGAAUACGCAGAUGACGCAAUGCCCGCAGGAGGUGCGAACAGCUGAUGACAGUCAAAGGGAGCGGCAAAGGAGGGAAAGGGAAAGAAUCAAGUCAGACAGCACACGCAAUCUUAAGGGCCAGGCGCUGCCGGCACUACUCGAGCUGCUCAAGCACUCGUCGAGCACAUGGCUCGAGACGCUGCUGCUCGGCGCUGGCAAAGCGGCGGUGGCCAGCGUGCGUGAAACCCAUCAAAUUGCUGAGGCACAGCAGCAGAAGAACGCCAAGUUGCGCGAAGCCUUCAACAUAUCUGAGUACUUUGUCGAGGGCAGCAGUUUUGAUAGCGAUCGCAAGGCCAAGGAGGAUCUGGCCAAGAGCGUGGCGCUGCAAAAGGAGCUGGACGCGCAGCGCGAGAGCCUCGCAGCGGCCGCAACGGCUGCGGCGGCGGCAGCAGGAGGCAAAGACAAGGAGACGGGCAAACGAUAUGCGCUCGUGCGCACGCCCUCGCCGGAGGCGGCUGCCGUUGCUGGCAAAGCGGAUGCACUGCAUCAAAGUGGCGAUGUCUCCAAGUCGGACAAAAAGAAGAAAAAGAAACGCGCCCGGGAGAGCUCGGCGAGUCCGGAGCGUCGCAAGGAUAAGAAGAAGAAGUCCAAGAAGCACAAGAAAGAAAGUAAGUCGAAAAAGAAGAAGUCCCGCAAGCGCAAAUACAGCGGCAGCGAUAGCAUCGAUAGCGACAAGGAUAGCGAGGAUGAGUCCGAUAGCAGCGAUGCGGAGCGCCAACUGAAGAGUGCGCGCAAGAAAGCCAAAAAGGAGAAGAAGAAACGCGACAAAAAGCUCAAGAAGAAUCAACGAGCACGUGCCAGCUCCACGGACUCGGCACGUUCCAACUCUCCCGCGCCCAAGGAUAAAAAGUCGGGUAAAUCACGCGCGGCUGUUGCGGACAAUGGCACGACGCCGGAGAAUCCGUUUCGCAGCCGUUCGCCAGAGCGACGCAAGGACAACAAGUCGCGUCGCAACGACUCCUCGACGGAGAAACGGGAGCACAGCGCAAGUCGCCGUCACAAAUCGAAGGAACGACCGACGCGAACACCGCCGCGACGCGAGACUGAAAGGCAACGCUCCAAAGAACGACAACGUUCAAAGCAGAGAGCAGGCUCGAAGGAGCGCAAGCGCUCCAAGGAGAGGCGCAGCGAGCGACAAAGAUCAAAGGAGCGGCAACGGUCGCUGGGCAAAGAGCGCCAAAAGUCCAAGGAUAGAGCCAGAUCGAAGGAGCGACAAAAGUCAAAGGAACGCCAAAGAUCAAAGGAGCGUCCAAAGGAGAGGCAGCGCUCCAAGGAGAGACCGCGCUCGAAAGAGAGACAACGCUCCAAAGAGAGACUGCGAUCCAAGGAGAGACUACGCUCCAAGGAGAAACCACGCUCCAAGGAUAGACAUCGCUCCAAGGAGAGACAGCGCUCCGUAGAGAGGCCGCGCUCCAAAGAACGACAGCGUUCCAAGGAGAGACUACGAUCAAAGGAGAGAGUGCGCUCCAAGGAAAGGCAGAGAUCAAAGGAGAGAGUGCGUUCCAAGGAGAGGCAGAAAGAACGCUCCGCAGAGCGACAGAGAUCCAAGGUCAAGGAACGCUCCAAAGAGCGACAGCGUUCAAAGGAGAGAGUACAGCGUUCCAAGGAACGACAGCGCUCAAAGGAGCGACUGCGCUCAAAGGACAGACAGCGCUCCAAGGAGCGGCAAAAGUCGAAGGAGCGACCACGUCAGGGCGAGGUAGCCAAGGAGCGCGGACAGGGGCGCGAGCGUAGCAAAGAGCGACGUCGUGAACGUCGCUCGGCUUCCCAAACGACGAAACGCGGCGAGGAGCGUAAAUUGGGUCGCCAUUCGCGCUCCCGUUCCCGCUCGCCUAAAAAGCAGCGCACGCCCUCGCCGACAGUCGUUAGGCAGCCGGAGCUGCUGGUGCCGCCCAAGAAGACGUCAAGUGCAGCGGUGCCCGCAUUCAAUCCCUUCAAGGCGGCCGAGGACACUGUCAACGAUAUAUUGGGCACCAAGUCGGUGAUGGUGGCGCUCGAGCAGACGAAACGCAAGCGCGCCGCAUCCAGUUCGAGCUCCUCGUCGGACAGCUCCAGCAGCAGCAGCUCCUCGCACAGCGAACCGGGCACACCUACGCCCCGCAAGCAGCGCAGGCGCAGCCAAACGCCGCCGGAGCAGCUAAAGCGUGAGCCAAGCAGCCCCAAACGAGAGCGUACCAAGAGCAGCCACGUGAAGCGCGAGCGCUCGGGCACGCCGACCAAGCCCAGGUCGUCGAAAAAGGAGAAGGAGAGAGAGAAAGAGAAAGAGAAGGACAAGGGCAAUACGCCGAGUCCAAGACAGAGCAAACGUCGUUCGGGCAGCUCCAAUUCAUCAGAGCUGCAUUAUUCGCCAGCCCAGCACAAUCCCGAGCGCUAUCAGGACAUUGUCCAGGACAAGAAACGGCAGCAGUCGACAAAGCCAGCGCCCGUGGUCCGCCUGCGCGCCCAAAGUGACGAUGGCGGCAGCGAGCCGGAGACAAGCUCUGCGGCGGCAGCACUCGACGAUUAUCAGCAGAGCAAAAGGGAGCGCGAAGAGCUGCAGGAGCUGCGCAUGCUCGAACAGCUUAAGUCCGGCAUUGCGGCCAAGGCGAAGCAAAAAAUCCGCACAAUGGAGAAGAAUGGAGAUGCAGGCAAGGAGGCGGAGGGCAGCGAAGUAAGUGGCGGCGAAUCUAUGCUGGUGCUGGCCACCAAACGUAAUUCGCUCAGUGAAUUUCUUGUUGCUAACAAUGUAAACGCUUUAAUUAACCCACUGACAACGGCAACAACAACUACAACAAUAACCACGACAACAAUAACCGCGACGACAACAACAACAACGCCGCCGCCGCCGCCUGCAGCAGCAGCAGCAGCUGGAGAGGCGCUCGAGCAGCCGAUGGUCGCCGCCGAGCCGCAAAAAAGGGACACAAAUACGCCGCCCAUUUGCAAGGCGCCCCAAGUGGCUGCAAAUGGUGGCGCAGCAGUCCCGACAACAGCAAUAACAACGACAACAACAACAACAACAGCAGCGGCAACAGCAACAGCAACAACAACAACAUUUAACCCAACAACAACAAUAGCCAAAUUUAAUCAUAGACCCCAACAUCAGACGAAGCGCGUCUUUCACAAUCGCACGCUGAAUAACAAUCCCAACAGUAGACACAAUACUAACAAUAACAAUAACAAUAAUCAUGCAUGUGGUGUUGGUCAUCUUCCGCCUGGUGCUGUUCCUCAUACUAAUCACAACAAUCCGAACAAUGCGCUGCCCUUUCUGGCCGGCACGCCCGGCACCUAUAAUCGCACAACGAAUCGUUUGAAUCAUGGCCCCCUGCUGACCGCCACCCAUUAUAAUAUCUGCAAGAAUCAGCAUAAUAACAAUGGGCUGCAGCCGCCGCUGCUCAGCCGGCGGGAUCAGCAGCAGCAUCAGCGUGGUCUUAGCAUGUACAAUCCAAAUCUCUAUGGGCAUGGUUCGCAGCAUGCGGGUCUGUUGUCAUUGAGUGGUGCUGGUGGUGGUGCUGGCGGUGCGGCUGCUGCUGCCGCUGCAGCGGGCCUGGCGCUGCUUGGCUCGCAUCCGUCGCAGCAUGGGCGUGGCUUCAAUGCGGCUGCAGCGGCCGCAGCGGUGGCCGCCAAUAGUAUUAGCUAUCAUCAUCAUCAUCAUCAGCAACAGAAACCGAAAAUUGUUAUAAAACCGUUCAAAAUUCACGAUCCACAGCCCUUAGUUGCGGCACUAGCGGACAGCACACUGGUGGACGCCAUCGUUUCCAAGGUAUCGACGGCAACGGUCGCCGCAGCGGAGAGCGCCGCACGACGCAGUCGCAGCCGGUCGCGGCGCAGCGAUCACAGCCGCGGCAAACGGCGCACGAGCAACAGUCGGCAUCGCCAUCGCUCCAGCAGUCGCUCCAGAUCUCGGUACAGCUCGUCGAGCAGUCGCAGCGGCUCGUGCAGCUCCAGAUCGCGCUCCGGCUCGCAUUCGUCCCGCUCCAGCUGCUCGUCGCGCAGCAGCUCCGGCAGCUCCUCGAGCAGCGGCUCUGGCACAUCACAAUCCGGCUCACGUUCACCCUCUAUACCGCGACGCCGCGGCUCACCCAGCUUCUUGGACAGACGCCGCAUAACUAGCGCGCGCAAGCGGCCGAUACCCUAUCAUCACCACAAGGCGUCCGGAGAGGGUAUUAACAACGGCGAUGGCGAUCAUGAUCAUGUGGACAACGAUGCCUCCAGUUGCUGCUCCAGCUGCUUCAGUCGCGCCAGCUCGCCCUGCACACCCAUCGCCGGCACGCCGAUGCACAACAGUCGAAGUCCAUCGGCAAUAGCCUUCUGAGUGUUAACAGAUUCGCUGCGCAAAAUGUGCGGCGAACUGUAAGUCAGCCGGAAACCCCCCCAACCCUAGUCAGUUAUAUAUAUAUAGUCGCAAUAGGCAAAACUAAACCAUGCCCUAUAUGAUACUUAAGCUAAGAGAAUUCUUUUUUAGACACAUUCCCUUCGAGAUUAAGUUGUAAAGUUUGAUUUAGGCCAUUUCUUUGAAUUUAUUAGCUAAAUGAUAUUGUAGACACACGGCCAUGAUAUAAGGCCAACAAUACUCGAAUAUAAUUGGAUUACUCGCUAGCUUUUAAAUAAAUAUUAUUUGUUGCCAUUUCAAAUGCAUUAAUUUCAUUGUACAUAGGAUAAAAAACAAUUAAGGUAUUUCAAAUUUACAAGGCCGUAAGGUGUUCUUAUUUCUCUCUAAUCUUAAGUGUACUGUACACAUGUAUAUAUAGUUUCAAUUUACUUAAACAGUUAAAGCAAUUAUUGUUCCCGGUUCGAAACCUUUGAGACGCCAGAUAAAGCGUUUAAAAAAA